AUGAGUUCAAGCUUUGAUCUCGGCGACAAAGAAGCCGGCACCAAGGCUCUUGAAGAUUUAACGAAGAAUGUGAAGCAAACACAAGACAACGUAUUACAAGACAUCCUCAAUUGUAAUGUGAACACUGAGUACCUUCGAGGUUUCCUCAAGGGUCGAACCGAUAAGGAUCUGUUCAAGGAGAACGUUCCGGUGGUGAACUACGAGGACGUCCGGCCUUAUAUCGACCGUGUCGCCAAUGGAGAGCCCUCUGAGAUCAUUUCAAACCGACCCAUUACAGGUUUCUUGCUAAGUUCCGGGACUUCAGGAGGAGCACAAAAGAUGAUGCCGUGUAAUAACAAGUACUUGGACAACUUGACGUUCAUAUACGAUCUGCGUAUGCUCGUUAUAAGCAAGCAUGUUGAUGGUGUGGAGCAUGGAAAAGGGAUGAUGUUUUUAUUCACUAAGCCAGAACUCGUCACUCCUUCUGGUUUGCCAGCUAGGGCAGCGACCAGCAGCUACUUCAAGAGCGAUUACUUCAAGAACCGGCCGUCGAAUUGGUACUAUUCUUACACAAGUCCUGACGAAGUCAUCUUGUGUCCGGACAACAGGCAGAGUCUAUACUGUCAUUUGCUUUGUGGGCUCGUCCAAAGAAACCAUGUCGUGAGGGUUGGCUCCAUCUUUGCUUCAGUUCUGGUCAGAGCAAUCAAGUUUCUCGAAGAUUUCUGGAUGGAAUUGUGUUCGGGCAUCCGAUCAGGUCAUGUCAGCGACUGGAUCACUGACCUAGACUGCAAGAAUUCCAUCUACCGUAUCCUCGACGGCCCUCGUCCUGAAUUGGCGGAUACGAUAGAGCAAGAGUGCAACCAAAAGUCAUGGGAAGGUAUAAUCACUAGACUCUGGCCAAAAACCAAAUACAUCGAAACCGUUGUUACAGGUUCAAUGGCUCAGUAUAUUCCAGCACUACAAUUCUACGGCAAUGACCUGCCUCUUAUCUCAACGAUUUACGGUUCUUCGGAAACUACGUUCGGGAUAAACCUCGAUCCUCUCUGCAAACCUCGAGACGUAUCUUACACAUUCAUGCCCAACAUGUCAUACUUCGAGUUUAUCCCCGUGGACAGCAAGGAAGAUAAGAUCGUCGACCUUAAGGACGUGAAACUCGGGUGCUACUAUGAACCCGUGGUCACGAAUUUUUCCGGUUUAUACAGAACGCGAGUCGGAGAUAUCCUUCUUGUGACCGGUUUCCACAACAACGCACCUCAAUUCAAAUUUGUAAGAAGAGAAAAUGUAGUUUUAAGCAUCGAUAUGGAGAAAACGAACGAAGAAAAUCUCUUCAAGGCGAUGAAUAAGACGAAGCCUUUACUCGAAUCUUCGGGUCUAAUGCUUAUAGACUUCACCAGCUACGCCCAAACAUCGACUAUUUCGGGUCACUAUGUUCUUUACUGGGAACUCGUGGGUAAAGGCAAAGAGGGUAACCCUCCGAUCAAUCCCAAAGUACUGGAGGAGUGUUGUUUCGCAGUGGAGGAGUCGCUUGACGAUGUGUACAAGAGAUGUCGGAGUAAGGACAGAUCAAUCGGAGUUCUUGAGAUAAGAGUUGUCCAAAACGGCGCAUUCGAUUCUCUCAUGGAUUUCUUCAUCUCGCAAGGUGCUUCCAUUGGCCAGUACAAGAUGUCGAGAUGUCUAAAAUCUGCAAAGGCUUUGGACAUAAUGGAGAAGAGUGUCACGUCGAGAUUCUUUAGCAAAUAG